GAGAUAUCCAUUCUACUGGGCCAAGCUCUAGUGAUGAAAGACGCCAUGUGCCUCGCUUAGCAUCGGCUCUGCUAUGGCUAGCCAUGAUAUGUCCGCAGGAGGCCGAGGACUGGUUGCCCGUGCCGCUGCCCGAUGGCUCUACCAUCGCAAAGGUCGAAGAGCAGUGGAGCUGGCGCGACGAGGGCCGUACGGUGCUGCUCUACGUGCGCGUGCCGGGCUUGCGCGGGGAGAGGCUGAAAGCCUUGAACCAGAAUGGCCUGGUGAUGGUGGACAUCAGGCCGAACCUGCUGCGUCUGAUUGUCACGGACACCUCGGAAAGAGUGACCCAUCGCUUCCAGUGGCUGAACCUCUGGGGACUUAUUCAGCCAGGCCAGAGCCGGUACCACCUCUCCGAAGACGGCAAGCGUGUCGUGGCUCACCUGCGCAAGGUGAACGACAACUUCACCGCCGGGUCUUGGCUCAGCUUCCUGGAUGUGAGGACGGGGCGCUACGAGCUACGUUCCGCCGUGUGGCCGAAGAUCCUUUGGGAGCUGCAGGGGGCCUGGCGCUCGGAGGACGAAGAGCCCAUCGAGGUCCUGGGGGACCAGGUGGUUUGGCCCCAAGGAAGCCGCGAUGUGUUGCUCGUCGAGGAGGACGACUCGUUUCUGCUACAUCAAGUUGGUGACGGAGACAAGGUGCCUGGCAGCGAGUGCCGGGGAUUCUUCCAGCGCGAGACCUUGCGGAUCUGCUGGGAGGAUGGCGACUCCUGGUGCCGCAUCUGUGGGCUCGCGCUGGAGAGGAAGGAAGCUGGCCGUGAGGCCCUGCCGCUGCAGUAUGACCAGCAGCUCGCCCGCUGGAUUCCCUGGCUGCCCUGCGAGGAUCUGCGGCGCCAGAGCCGCCAGUGGCUGCCGGCCUUGGGCACAGAGGUGCCGCUGGAGGUUCGCCUGCAGGCAGGUGCUGAGGUGGCCCUGUGUGCGGAGGAGGCGUUGCGGUCUUUGAAGGAGCAGUUGCUCAAGGCCUUGGAGGAAGCGCCAAAUGAGGGCGUGCAGACGAUCCUCUCCGACGCCGAUGCUCUUCCCAUGGACCUGCUCAGAAGGUGCCGAGUCUGUGCCAUGUCCGCUGAGGAGGCAGGUCUCGACGGCCGCGAAGGGCGUUUGGUGGAGGCGCUGCUUGCGCUCCGCCGGGGCGAGCCUCUGAGCGCCCCAAACGAGGCUGCCGCGCUGGGGGCUUUGCUGAGGUGGCUGCAGUGGUUGCGCUGCUGGCUUGCCCCGGGCGCCAGGAAGAAUGUGGAGGCCGCCAUCGACCAUCUCAAGGAAAGACGCCUGCAAGCUUCCAAGGAGAGGCAGCACACCGAGGCGCUGCACUUCGCCAGCCGCGAGCCGCAGCGCUGGUUCGUGGCCUGGUCCUGCGAGCUGGCGGAUGCCAGCGAUUUGCUCAGCGCCGCCUCCAAGAAGCUUCACGAGCUGCUGCGGCACCUGGCAAGGACGCAACAAGAGCGAGAAGGAGAAGGCCUUCCCGGCGAGGACUUUUACACGCUCUUCGCCCAGGCUCGCCGCAAAGUUGGCGAGGAGCUCGUCGACAUCGAGUUGCCCGCCACCCGGCGGCGCUGUGACGCGCUGGCCCGGCGUUGGGUGAGGAGAUAUGCGGAGGAGGCUGCCAGGACCUUGUUCACCGGCCCCGGCGCCAAAGCGUUCCGCAGGGACUUCCGGGAGGGUGGUCUGGCCAUUGUGGAGGACGCGGUGGACUGGGCAAUCUUGGUGAAGCUGCAAGCAGAGGUGGCUCGGCUUUUCGAGGAGAGCCCCGUGACAAGCCGUUCUGCCCGCUGGCUGGAGCUCUGUUCAUCACACCUCGAGGAGUCAGGGUGCCAAGCCCUCGCUACCUCAGUGGCGGUGCUUCAUCAGCUACCCUUCUCUUUCAGCGACAGCUGUUGGAACGAAAAGGCCAAGACCCAGGUAUCCGGCUUCAAGCAGCGCAGAUGGACCGCUGGAGAAGUGGUUCUCUGGCAAAGCCAACCAGGAACGGCGACUUCUGAGGUGCCGGAGUCUCUGCCAAAGCUGCAGGACAAGUCCGGCAUCACAGCGCUGCUGUUCCUGAACACUCCAGCCUGGCGGCCGGACUGGGGCGGCGCCUUGAGAUGCCACGUGGGUCCUAUCUCCCGGGACAUCUGGGGCGAUGGGGGGCGCUUGGUGCUGCUUCAUGAGGUGAGCUUCGAGUUGCUGGAGUCCUCGCGGCCGCAGACGGUGCUGAUUCUGCAGCUGCAGCCCAUGGAAACCUUCUCAAGUUCCAGGCCGGCACCUGUGAUGAAGAGAGAGCCGGUGGCCAAAGCGACUCCUGCUCAGGCUGAGCCGACCAAAGUGGAGAUGACAUCUCACGAGGCGCGGCUGAGCCGACCAAAGUGGAGAUGACAUCUCACAAGGUCAUUGCUCUCUUUGAGACGUCGCUGUCGGCAGCCUUUACACUGGAUUGAAUAUCAAAGUCUUCGACA